CUUGAACCUACCUCUACAACAUCGACUAUUUUCAACUUGCAUCGACGACGGCCCUCAAACGACAUUAAGGAUUUCCAACUGCUCCAAGGACUUGACGGCACGCCCACAGGACGACGACCUCGGAGGUCCACUAAACUCGAUGUCAGAAUGCCAGUCCUCCCAGGCGGCCUAACCUACUCGCUCCCUUUCACACUUACAUCCCUCUCCGCCCGUGCCUCAUCCCAUUCCACCGGCUCUCAACCAUCCAACCCAAAUAUACCAGACAAACUCCCAACACAAGACAAACUCCCAACAAAAGGGAUCCGCUUCUCCCGCCAGGCAAUCCACGGCCUUGCAGGGCUGGGCGCUCUCAUCGUCUUCCUCACCCUCUUCGUCAGCGUGCGCUACCUCGUUGAGCGGUAUCAGAAGAGGAGGAAGGAGGAGGCGGUCAGAGCUGGGCGGGUCACUGUUAAUGCUGUCCCGUGAGGGCUGGGCGGGUCACUGUUAACGCUGUCCCGUAAGUCCUUCUAAUUGUUAAGGGCGAGGAUGGGGAUAGAGGGAGGGGGGUAGAAGAAGGGAGGACGAUCGUGGGCUUAUGUGUAGAGGCCGUAUGGCCUAUUUCGAGAUUCAGCAUUCCCUCCUUCCCUCCCUACCACGUUCGUGCCAAGGAUCUCAUCCCACCACCGCACAGCACUCGAGCGCACUCGAUCGUCGAUAACAGCCUCCUCGCCUUACUAUUACAGAUCCAGCGCACCUCAUUACACCUUACAAAUCUCGAUUCGAAGGGACCAGAGAAUUGAAGCUCUUAGCUGGAGAGCUCGCAAGCCCUCGAAUUCGUUCUCCUCACACAAGUCACAACGCCCCCGCAAAUACCGACGUACGUCCACUCAGCGCUCAUAGCUGAGGCCAGAGAGGGAGGAUAAUCUCGACAAAGACGAUCCCAGUCGACAGCAGUAUGGGAGUCGGCCUCCAUCACGAGCAGCUAACUAGUAGCUGCUAGCCGCUUGCAUGGUAGACCGCCAGGAUGGACUGAACCUGGAAGAUAGGACAGCGUAUGGCCCACGGGCCGCGGAUAAAGCGUGGUCUGGGAGCGCCAAUGUAACAAUUCAGCUGCCGGAAUGACCUCUACUGUGUAUGCAUGUGUGUAGGUAGCACAAAGCGCUAGAAGCAAUGUUACUCAACGAACGAACGCAUUCGAACAACGAAACAAUCCCACUUGAAAAAACACGAUGUCAUUUCCCUGAAUUAGUCACUGGUGUAUGUAUGUAGAGCUAUAGAAUGAGCAUCCGUCGCCUUAUGUACGUAUGUAUGUGUAGAAAUAAAUGCAAAAGGGUGUCCAUCCUCU